AUGUUUUUCACGCCAUUCGCAAUCCUAGCUCUGGUACUACCAGUACCCGCCAUGUCAUCCAGCAACUGCACGUGCACACCCGAGACAAUUCAGACAUUUAAUUGUCUUAUGCAGCUACCUGGUCAGACAGGUAUCAAUGGUACAGUCACUAGGUUUGAUGAUAUGCAUGCCAUGCAUCAGGUGCAGGCGAAAGAAAUUCAUCUUGUUGCGCAGUUCCUGCCGUUUCACCGCCUCUAUAUACAGGUGUAUGAGCAGCUCUUGCGAGAGGAGUGCGGCUAUACGGGGCCAACGCCAUGGUGGGAUGAAACCCGCGACGCGGGGAAUUUCAUGGGCUCGCCACUCCUUGAUCCCAACACAGGAUUUGGUGGCAACGGGACCGCUCCAGAUGGAUGUGUUACCAAUGGUCCUUUCGCAAAUACCACUCUUCGCAUAGGUCCGGGCCAAAAACAGGAGGUCCAUUGCUUAUCCCGCAAGGUUGAGGAGAGAAAUAGCACUCUCGCAAACGAAACCUAUAUUGGCGGAGUCAUGGAGGACAUCGACGCAAGCCCCGGAGAUCCGCUCUUUUAUCUCCAUCACGCUUUUGUAGAUCGCCUUUGGUGGAACUGGCAGUCCGAAGACCCUGACAAUCGUCUUUAUCAACUGGGCGGCUCUUCUUCGCAGGGGCCGUGCGAAGAAGAAUGUGAAGAGACGACUCUGGACUACGUAAUGACCACCUACGAGAUUCUUCCGAACGUUACUGUCAGGGAUGUCAUGGACAUUCAGGGUGGAUAUCUCUGCUACAAAUAUGACUACUAA